AGUUGGAAAUUUGGAUCUAGUUGGUUCCAAGCUCUGUCCCUGCUCACUCCUCAGUUUUCACCAGAGGUCAAAAACACGCGUUGCUCAUGUUGUUGGUGCCAUAUCUCUCAUCUCCUCUUAAAUAAAAGACUAACGAAUGCAAACAAUAAUGCACAUACUUUGUGUAGGCGUGUGCGUCCUCAUCGUGGUAACGUAACCAACAAACUUUCGUAAUUGAUUGGAUUACCUGCAUUCGCAAUACCGGUUUCUCAUGUGUCACAGCCGUACUACGGAGAAACCUCGGAUAUACAUAUUAUGUUCGCUAGUAGAAUAAGCUAACCAUUUGAAGCUGAUCGGUGACUACAAACAAUGUUAUUUUGUGUAUGUACGUACAUAUACAUGUGCUAUUGAAACCAUUUAAACGUUUGAAAAUACAUACACGUAUACAUACUUGGUGUACAUCGAGGAGCAGCUAAUGGCGAAAUUGUACUACUGUCACACGAAGAAAUUAAAUGAAACGGAUUUCCGUGUGAAAUGGGCUAAUUCCAAUUCGAUUGUGUAUCAGAGUGUUUAUUGGUAACAGUAAUAAUAGUAAUAAAAUAAAACCACCAUAGUAAAGUGUUGGUUCUGUGUUCAUGUGUAUGCAAUUUACUCGAACAACUAUCAAUUUCUCAGUCAGUAAAACGGGAGGAUGAUAAUAGUGUGCAACGUAACUUAUUUUAGUCGGUUGUGCGAAUGUGUAAGCAAAGAAAAGACGCUAGAUUUUAAGAGAGAGUGAACCGAUAAAAUAGAGAUUCAUUUUCAAUAUUGCGUUUAUUUAUUGUCCUGUAUUUGUCACAUAGACAUUGACCAACGCCAAUCUACUCGAAACAAUCCAGGGGAAAAUGAAAGCCAGAAUAAAGUAAAUAAAUUCUAAUGUUGAGAGCAAGGACGACAAUAGUGGGCAACAGGAACUUUUGGUAAUUCCAAAUAUAUUGGGCAGGAUCUUGUCUUCAGACGAAGGAUAAAAUUUGUCAACCCUUCUCAUCAUUAUUGGAGAAAUUCCUGGCGCAAUACGUAAGUAAACUGAAGAUCAGAGUCGUUUUCUGUGGAAGAAAUAAUGUUUCAUACAUAAAGUGACAGUUGUUGGUGGCUCUAGACUCUGGAAUGUGAGAAAGUUGUGUUAGUGUCGUGAAUAAAGUUUGUCGUACUUGGUUGAGCGAGGAACAAAGUUGGCAAAAGUUACAGACUCUGACCACCAAAAUUGCAACGAGAAGAACAAGUGUUAUGGCGUCCACUCUUACGUUCAUCGGGAUUGUCUGGGCAUUCUUCUCCUUAAGCGCAGCUCUUGUGGCCUGUUGCGGAUUUUAUUUACCAUUUUGGAUCAAUGGAAAAUUGCUAGCAGAGACUGACACCAGUUUUGGAAGUUUCAUCAGAUGCGGGUUUCCGUACAUGGGUCCUUCUGGAAAUUUAGAAAUCACUUCGCAAUGUGGGAGAUACUCAAGCUUUUGGACAAUCCCAUCAGGUUGGUGGAGAGCAACCACUAUUCUAACUGGGACUGGAACCACACUUUCACUUUUAGUCGGGCUGACGGCGUGCUGUUGUUGGUGCAUUGGUGAUAUCGUCAGCUCAAGCACAGUGAAAUUUGCCGGUGCUCUCCAAUUAUUUUCAGGGUUGCUUAUCGUCGUCGGCGUUGCCCUUUAUCCGCUGGGCUGGGGAAAUAAAGAAGUUCAAGAUGCUUGUGAUGAUGGUGUGAUGCAAUCUGGGCCAUAUCAACUUGGGCCGUGCAAGAUUUCAUGGUCCAUGUACCUGCUUGCUGGAGGCGUAUUUUUGCUCUUCGUAUGCUUCGGACUUUCUUUCAAGGCUUGUCGCGUAAAGAAAGGAACCUUUCGAAUUUGACCCCGUCAACAACGUCCUUAUCCUUUAAUAAUGAGUUCAGGGAUGCUAGCACACGAUGCACGAUGAAAUUUCAUUUAAACACGAAAUAUCUACUUUCCUCCUAUCAACGCAGUACGUCACGCCGAGCGAGAUAAGAACAUGACCAUUUUUUGAAUAGCCACUUCUUUCACAAGAAAAUGCAACAAAAACUUUAACAACGACUUGCCAGCCUGUCUCCCUCCCACCCACCGAUUCCACUUUCCUACCAACUCAACUAGCUGUUGUAUAACUAAGCAGCCAGGAUUCUCAGAGCCACAUUUGGAGGGCAACAUCGAAAUCUGCGAAUAAAUGCCACAUCGCACAUCCAGUCGACCCUGCACGACGUAACAUUUUAAAUCCUGGCCAUUAAGAUGGAGAGAUGGAAAACCAUUAAGGGUCAUUCCGGGGGACAUCAAUCACGAUAAAUUGAACCCCCAUCAUUUAUACGUUGGUACUCCGGCUCGAGUUUUCUUGGACUCAAAUUCCCGUGGUGACAUCCCUGCUCGAUUCGACUCGACUCGACUCGAUUACUUAAGAAUGAAUAGAGAUAUUAUUUUUUGCGACCCAAGGCCAAAUUUUAUACUCUGAAAUAGCAGUUCUAAGUAUAUUAGUUCUUUGUAUACUAAUGUUAUAAUACUUAUUAGUGUAUAAAUUUAAAGAGUUAAGUAGAUUUGAGUACACAUAGACGACAUAAAUUAUAAAAUGGCCUGUAAUUGUGGAGAAAGCGUACAACAACUUUCUCCCAGUUUCAAUUCGGUCUCCGUAUCUAUAAUUCAAGUGGUCUCAGCGAAGUAGACCAAAGAAAACGUAUUUUCUCGUUAAUUGGAGAAACCAGCGAUUCAACUUGAUUGACAAAUCCUCUUAGUUGCUGACAAUAAAAGAGAUGCCAAAAUUAUUUAUUCUUAAGCUGGUAUUAAGCACACAAAAACGAAGCUAUAUAUAGUUUCCCCUUAAUUGUUUCAUGUAAUUUAUAAUUUCAACUUUAUAAUUUCCAGAAGAGUGCUUGAAAUGUAUCACUUGUUGAAAUGCUGAAAUGUAUCAUAUGUUAAGUAUAUAUAAAGAAAAAGUGUUAAUGUUUGUAAGCUUUUAUAUUAGUAAUCUCAUUCUACUUAUUAUCAACUAAAGUCUGUUGCUAAUAUUGCUAUCUAUACUUUUCAUGUAAUUGUAUGUACAUAUUUAUAUGCAGAACCAAUGUGAUACAUGUUUGAAUAGACCCGUAUGGAAAAUAAAUUAAAUAAAGUAAACGUGACUUUUGACACUUUGUCCUCUCAA